AUGGCCCCAGUUCAGGGCAGUGUUGAUACACAGUACACCACUGCACGUCUGCCAUUGACGGCAUCAUUAAAGAUGGCAUCACCAGCUUCACCUAGUAAGGCCACAACGGAUUCCCUAUUCAUAAAUCCUUGGUCCAAGUCUACAGCGCACGAGCCAGCCUCGAAAAAUGCUUCAAGACCAAUGCCAAUCAAAGUACCCUCAGUACUUGAUGACUUUACACAACCAAUGCUCUCCAGUGACACCACAUCAUUGCAGCUUUGUAUCAAGAAACUGUCAUCCCGAAUGGUCGCAUGCAAUGACUCACUCGACCUUGCCAAGUUGGACAUCCUAACCAAGUCUCUCAAAGUAUCCGUCUCUUCUGUUCACAAAGAGACGCUUGAUCAAGCUGUUCCUGCUACUGUGGAGUCUUUGCUGCAUAUUCUGACGGAAGACACAAACUCGCAAGAUAUUCCAUUUGCACUGCUUCUGUUGCGGCUAAUAGUUUUGAAGUACGCCGAAGACACUGUUGACUGCAUGGAAUGGAUGUUUGGUGCGACGCUGUUUCCAGACACAUGGAAAACACCAACUACAAGAUCUCUGGCGUGGUGUGUUGCGAGUAACUAUAUGGCAUCCAUUGAUAACAGCAUGAUCCCCAGUGACACUCCUCCACUCGUUGAUAUUGCCAUUGGUGAUUGGCACCACGAAGCCAUCCAGGUUCGACAAGCGGCGUCUACUUUUCUUUAUAACUACGCGCUGUUGAAGAACAAGCAUAACCAUGACAUGGCAGAUGAUGCAGUGGUUUCAGUCCUUUGUUCUGCAAUGGAAAACUUGACAGAAGAGAAAGAUCCAACCACUCGUUUGCGCCAGCUUGUGUUGUGCGGGCGAUUGGUAUUCCCAGACCGAAUCAAUGUGAACGAAGUGGCAAAAGAGCUCAUACAAGAUCUAGGAUUCGUUGGUAUUUUGCAAGAGUUAACCACUGUUGAUCUGGAGGAGGGAACAACAACAUCCCAUGGGGACACCAUAAGAUGUAACCAACUUGCUUUGGAGCUGAUUGGCAAGUUUCAAGAUUAA